CUAUAGCGUUCUAAAGAGCAUUCUUUCGCCUUUUAGAUUUUUCCAGUCAUCUAAAAUUAUACAAAAAUUUUAUUUACUGUUAAUUUAUUAAAUUUUUUGUGUUUCUUAAAUAAUUAUAAUUGCAGUUUUAAAACGUGUUAAGGUAAAUUCAACUUUGUAAUACCCUAAUAUUUAGUCUGGUACUCAUUUCCCUAUUUUUUGAGAAAUGGCUGCACAACUUUUCAACCGCAUUGGUCAGCUUGGCCUUGGUGUAGCACUUGUUGGUGGAGUUGUAAAUUCUGCUCUAUACAAUGUUGACGGUGGUCACAGAGCUGUCAUAUUUGACAGAUUUGCUGGUGUCAAAAAUAUGGUAGUUGGUGAAGGCACCCACUUCUUUGUCCCUUGGGUGCAGAAACCUAUAAUUUUUGAUAUCAGAUCUAGACCAAGAAAUGUUCCAACUGUGACAGGCAGUAAAGAUCUACAAAAUGUGAACAUCACCCUUCGUAUCCUGUUCAGACCUGUUCCUGACCAGUUACCAAAGAUUUACACUAUUCUAGGUGUAGACUAUGAUGAAAGAGUACUACCAUCAAUCACAUCUGAAGUCCUCAAAGCAGUUGUUGCUCAAUUUGAUGCUGGAGAACUUAUUACACAAAGAGAGGUUGUAUCACAAAAAGUCAAUGAAAGCUUAACUGAAAGAGCAGGACAGUUUGGUUUGAUCCUUGAUGACAUUUCUAUUACACAUCUAACAUUCGGCAAGGAAUUCACGCAGGCUGUUGAACUCAAACAAGUGGCGCAACAGGAAGCUGAAAAGGCAAGAUUCCUUGUAGAAAAGGCGGAGCAGCAAAAGAAGGCUGCUGUCAUUGCGGCAGAGGGUGACGCGCAAGCUGCCAUUCUUCUAGCAAAAUCUUUCGGUAGCGCCGGCGAGGGCCUUGUAGAACUCCGACGUAUUGAGGCUGCAGAAGAUAUCGCAUAUCAACUAUCGAAAUCACGUAAUGUCACUUAUUUACCUCAGGGGCAAAAUGUACUGUUAAAUCUUCCUACGCAAAAUUAAACGGCUGAUUAUUUAUAAUGUAUAUUAAGAUUUAUUGUGGUGGACUCUAUAUAAUUGCAUUUGUAUUUACACAAUGUUUAAUAUGAAAUAGUGUAAUAAAUUUAUAAAGACUCCACCUAUAAAGAACAUAGUGUUGAAUUAGUUGUAUGUUAAAAAUAUGGUACCUACAUUAAAAUUUUGUUGGAAAUA